UCUUCUUCAGUUUGGUCCUUGCCGUUAUUUCAGCGUGGAGGCGUACGACAGUGGUCGUUUUAAAACUAUUGUAGCCUACUGAAUGUUUAUGUGUCCUGAAUAAAAAAGAUACUUAAAUGACAGAGUGGACCUAGGGAAUUUAUUAUCUGUUAGAACAAGCAGUCCUUCCAACAAGGUCUGCAGCAUUGAGCUUGUGCUAUCCUGUGGCAAACGACUAACACUUUCAUUUCUGUGGAGAUAAGGGGACGGGAGGCGAGGAGGCAGAGAUGCCGAAACCGAUCAAUGUCAGGGUUACUACGAUGGAUGCGGAGCUGGAGUUUGCCAUCCAGCCAAACACCACAGGCAAACAGCUCUUUGAUCAGGUCGUGAAGACAGUGGGUCUGCGUGAAGUCUGGUUCUUCGGCCUGCAGUACGUCGACAGCAAAGGCUACACCACAUGGUUGAAGCUCAACAAAAAGGUGACCGCGCAAGACGUGAAGAAGGAGAACCCACUCCAGUUCAAGUUCAGAGCAAAGUUCUUUCCAGAGGACGUGUCUGAGGAGCUGAUCCAGGAAAUUACACAGCGCCUGUUCUUCUUGCAGGUGAAGGAAGCGAUCUUGAAUGAUGAGAAUUACUGUCCCCCCGAGACGGCCGUCCUUCUAGCCUCUUACGCAGUCCAGGCCAAAUACGCCGACUUCAACAAAGACAUCCACAAGCCCGGCUACCUCAGCAACGACCGCCUGCUGCCUCAGAGAGUUCUUGAGCAGCACAAGCUCACAAAGGAACAGUGGGAGGACCGGAUACAGACCUGGCACGAGGAACACAGAGGCAUGCUCAGAGAGGAUUCCAUGAUGGAAUAUUUGAAGAUCGCACAGGACCUGGAGAUGUACGGAGUGAACUAUUUCGAGAUCAAGAACAAGAAGGGCACAGAGCUGUGGCUGGGCGUGGAUGCGCUCGGCCUCAACAUCUACGAGCACGAGGACAAACUAACACCAAAGAUUGGCUUCCCCUGGAGUGAAAUCAGAAACAUCUCAUUCAACGAUAAAAAGUUUGUCAUCAAGCCGAUCGAUAAGAAAGCCCCAGACUUUGUAUUCUAUGCCCCACGGUUGCGGAUCAACAAGCGCAUCCUGGCGCUGUGUAUGGGCAAUCACGAGCUGUACAUGAGGAGAAGGAAGCCAGACACCAUCGAGGUCCAGCAGAUGAAGGCCCAGGCCAGAGAGGAGAAGCAUCAGAAACAGAUGGAGAGGGCCCAGCUGGAAAACGAGAAGAAGAAACGCGAGUAUGCGGAGAAGGAGAAGGAGAGGAUCGAGAGGGAGAAGGACGAGCUCAUCGAGAGACUGCGACAGAUCGAAGAGCAGACGUUAAAGGCACAGAAAGAAUUGGAGGAGCAGACGCGUAAGGCGCUGGAGCUGGACCAGGAGAGGAAGCGGGCGAAGGAGGAGGCCGAGCGACUGGAGAAGGAGCGGCAGGCGGCUGAGGAGGCCAAACUGGCCCUGGCCAAACAGGCAGCCGACCAGAUGAAGAACCAGGAGCAGCUGGCCGCGGAGCUGGGAGAGUUCACUGCCAAGAUCGCCCUGCUGGAGGAGGCCAAGAGGAAAAAAGAAGAGGAGGCCACCGAGUGGCAGCACAAAGCUAUCUCGGCGCAGGAGGACCUGGAGAAGACGAAGGAGGAGCUGAAGACGGUGAUGACCGCUCCCGCGGCGGGCGCCGGGGAGAACGAGCACGAUGAGCAGGACGAGAACAGCGCCGAGGCCAGCGCCGACCUCUCCAGCGACGGCGUCAACGACCACCGCAGUGAGGAGCAGCGUGUCACAGAGGCACAAAAGAACGAGCGUGUCAAGAAACAGCUACAGGCUUUGAGCUCAGAGUUGGCCCAGGCGCGGGACGACACCAAGAAGACGCAGAACGACGUCCUGCACGCGGAGAACGUCAAGGCUGGCCGGGACAAGUACAAGACCUUGCGCCAGAUCCGGCAGGGAAACACCAAGCAGCGCAUCGACGAGUUUGAGUCCAUGUGAGCGCGCGAGAGGGGAAAGCUGUGGCCUGACAGCCGAUUGCCUUGGAGGCUAAUCUCAAGCCCCCAGUCCAUCCUGCUCUCUCCACCUCACCCCACCCCCAGGCACCAAACCCUCCACAACCAACCCAACCCCUUUUUGAAAAGCGUCUCCGAGCCCUACAGAGAGGCCAGAGGGGGCAGCCUCGCUCCCCUCAUGCUAUGCCAAAGGUCUCUUCGGCCAGCCAGUCAGGGCCGCUUCGUGUGUCCAGCUUUGCACCCCCCACCCCACCCCACCCCCCAUCAGGAGCAAGGGACACAUAUUGUUAUAAACUGCUUUGGAUAUGUUUUGUUUUGACUUUUAGGUGAUAAGGAUAACUAAAGAUGCUGACAGAUUUAAUUUUAAGAGGAAAAAAGUGAAGAAACGAACAAAAUAAAAAAAAAAGACGUGCUUUUAUCUAAAUGGCCAUUUACAGCUUAACUUUUUUUUUGUAUGUUUGUUUUUGUUGAGCUAGAUGUAUGCUGAAGCUUUACACCCCUGUGUUUUGCAAUGAAUACUUUCUUUUACUUUUUUCCCCCUGACUUUAUUUUAUCAACCCCCAAGCUUUUAGUUUUUCCAGCUCUGUCGCCAUGAUAACUGGAUGGUCUCUAUACAAGGGUCAGCCCUUCAUAUGAGGGUGUUAUCAGUCGCUGUUGCUGCCAUGGCGAUCGCAAUUGACCUGUUGACCCACUGAUUGUUACAGAAAGAAAGCCUACAUUACUGCCUCUCCCCUCCCCUGCUCCCUGAUCUCCUCCACUUGUGGUCACUCUCUUGGGUGCAGCAGGGCAUGGAUAGAGCCAUGUAAUCAUCAAAAAGGUUGUGUGUGUGAAAUGGUAUGCAUGAGCUUUUGUAUGGGGUCUGAAUGUGAAUGAUGAAAUGUAACCAAAAUCAAAGGAUCACCAAAGGGAAAUAAUGACUUCAAUGACAGCUUUUUUUCUUUUUCUUUUCUUUAAACUCCCCAUCCUUGAAUUAUUGGGGAGGUUGGCGACAUUAAUAAUGUCAUGUAACCUGUAGACUGGAACGGGAUGGCUCGAAACUGAACUCCUUCUUUAGAUUUUUAAAUAUACAGCACCACUUGGGUAAGCUAAUGUUACAGAGCACGUUGUGUGCUCUGAGAAUGUCACGGCCACGUUGUGGCUGUUAAUUUGUGAUGUAUGGGUUAUCAACUGUUUUAAGAGCCAUCAGAUGCACGAAAGCACAUCCUCCCGAGACACUCCCUUCACUCUCUACUCCUUCCCUAUCUCUCUCCUCGUCUCUCUGCCCUUUCCCUAGCCGCUUGCUCCAGUGUUUGAUGCCCAGUUGUCAUAUAGAUGGUUUUCCCUGCCUACUGGCACACAAAGGUCCAGCAAUAGUGGGUGGACAGACAGACAGACAGACCGACACUAUGGCAAGUGGACGCACAAGAGCCUUUGCUAGUUUUGUCUGCCUGUCUGUUCAUCAGUACAGUCUGUUGUGUGAAUGAAUACAUGACCCAUGUUGUACUUGAUGUGCAUUAGAUAAAGCAUCAACGUACAUUAAUAUAUGGGUGAUGUAAAAUUUGUAUGAAUUGUUGGGUGUGUGUGUGUGUGUUUGUGUGGUUACUGUGUAAGAGGGAUGAAGAUGUUCUAUGUCCGCAUGAUUUGGUGUGUGUUGGGUGUUUUUGUGUGGGCUGUAUGAGUGUGAAUGUGGCAACUCUGGGCUUUUCUGGCCAGAGAGCAUAUGAAAACAUCAGUCCUGAUUGGAGGACAGCUCUCUACCUCAUAAUUGCACUCAUGGCAACUGAACAAUCAAACACUGUGUAAGAACAGCCAUCUGACCUUCGCUCCGUGUAUCAGUACAGUUACCCGUUCUGCUUGCUAAGGCCUCUCAUCCACAUGGGUCCCAAUCUACUAGCCUCGAAAUACUGACCGUGCACAAUAGGUACGAUUCCUGUCAGACAGGUACAUGAUGUAGUGAUUUAGUGUGACACUUCUUGAAUGAGUGAAUGAGGUUGGAUGGUAUGUGGAGCCCUUUACAACAGUGUACGUACUUGGGGGACAUUUACCUGAUUGUAUAGACCAGAGCAGCCUAGUAUGCUUGAGAGAGAGAGAAGGUUGGCAGAAUUUACUCAGUUACAUUUCAUGUUGGAUUGAUGCGUAGAAACUUUUCUUAACCGGUGGAGUAGUGGAUGUGCUCGAAGGUUCGUCCCACCCAGGUCGAGGUUUGUAUUGUAUAAAAAAAAAAACGUCCUUGUUUGGUCUCGGUUGAUGUGUGUGUGGUACCUGCAGUGCCACUGAACAACUGGAAGAAUGUAAACCUUGUAAAACUCAGCAAAGCUGAUCUAUUUUUCUGUGAAUGUGAGCCAGUCAUGGGGAACAAGGGUCAUUACAGCAUUGUUCCUGUUUGUGGAGGUGGAUGCACUUUGGGGAAGUGUGUGUGUGUGUGUGUGUGUGUGUGUGUGUGUGUGUGAGGGAGCGAGAAAGUGAGGAAGAAGGUGAACAUGAGCAACAUUUUAUAGAAAAAAUAAAAGGAUAAAAAAAAUCAAAGGAGACUCUGUUACGCUGCUGGAACAGGAGUGGAAAAACUGGUCAUGUUCUGGCAAAGUCUGUACGAAAAUAUCUAUAUAUCUAUUUUCCCAGUCUACCAAAUCAACAAUGCAGACUGUUGUAUUUGAUUGUGAAAAGAAUAGGCCCUUUAAACAGGAUCGUUUAAAGCAGCAACUGUCCCAUCCUUGUCUCGUCGCAAUCUUCAAAUGAGCUGCUCCCCCCUCUGUUAUAAGUGUGCAACAACAGGUUGAGACUUGAGAAUUAUGGUCACCCGUUGAACUGUAGUAGACAAGUGAUCAUUACUGCCUGUAUCAUUUAUGCUUAAAGAUAAACCUUUUUUAAUAUCAGCUAGCAGCCAGUAACCGAUAUGAGGUUUAAUUAACUGAACACUUCACAAAGAAGCAGGCCAGUUGGGAUUAAUUAUUUACUCUACCCUCCUAAGUGUGUCCCUAACCGCACUCCCUAGAAAUCUGACUUCGAUAUUGUAGCAGGAGCAUUUUGAAAUAAAAUACAUUUUUAUUUUGUAUUUGCAAACACGUCUUUGUUUUCAUUGUCUGUUUGUAUGCAUCCACAGGUCAUGUUGGCAUGAAGCCAGAGAUUGUAAGCACUUGUUUGGGUUGAGGACACUAAACAGGGCUUACAUUUGUAAGCCCGUCUUUCAGUGUCAUGGACACUCGUCUCUGUAGAAGGGUUGUUUUGCCAUAGUGUGAAAAAGCAGUUGAUUUAAAAUUUCAAAAAGUGCUUCCAGCUGAUUUUCUUUUUUUUUGUUAUGCUUUUUGAAAUUGAACCACCAGCACUAGCAUGCUAGUUAUUUAAGGGAUGUUUCAUCUAAAUACAUUAAAAAGUACAUUAAAACAUUUGCAAAUGUCAUAGAGUCUGUUACAGAGUUAUGGCCAAACAUUUUUGGCAGUGUUCUAUCAGAAGUAUUAGUGAGGAGAUUUUCCCCCUAGUAUGUUUUAAAGAAGUUUUGCAUUUGGUUGAAUCAUCCCCUUUAAAGUGUAAAAUUGCUACUUAAAGGCCACAGAGGCAUGAAGCUGUUGGAGUUGUUACAUAUUUUGUUUGUAAUAGUUGAAUUUAUUGGUUGUAUGUACCCAAGUGGGGCAGGGAGGCCUCUCCAUGAAAACUCCCCCGGGUCAGGCUCACCCGACAGGAACCAGCUGUCAGUGUUUGCUGUUUGUUUUUACUUUCAAAUAUUAUUGUUAUUAUUUGUUCAUAUAGCUUUCUGUUACAUACAGUAGAGACCAAUAACACACUAUGGAGCUUUUAUCCAUUACUACAAGCAUUGGUUAACAAUAAAGAUUCCAAAUGUA